UUAGUAUUGUCAUUAAUGGCAACCGCUUUUGCUUCUACCUACUAUCGACAGCAUGUGCCGACUGAAGAACAGUCCUCGAACAACUUAAUAAAGAUGAUAACAAAAUCUUUCUGCAUCAACAAGAACCAUGAAGACUUGACAAAAGUCAAUAAGGAUGAAAUUCAUGUGUUGAACGGCAUCAGAUUCCUUACUUCAGCUCUGGUUAUAGCUAUACAUGUAGUGUUCUACAUGUUAGUAGCUGGUGUAAGCAAUUCAAUGGAUCUUGAUGCGUUUAUGGAAGGCAUUGGUGGUUUACUUCUUCAUUUCGAUCUCUUUGUGGACACGUUCUUCACUAUGUCUGGUCUACUACAUAUUAAGGGUCUCCUGAAAAGACGACAGACUCUGGUGGGCGUACUUUGGAAACGUUACAUAAGGUUAAUAGGACCGUUUGCACUAAUUGUUUUCUAUUUAAUAUCUGUAUCGAAGCACUUUAGUCCUGGCCCCGCCUGGAUUGGAGUUGAGGAGACAGAUGUUUGCGAAAGAUAUUGGCUAAAAAGUUUGCUCAUGAUGAAUUCCGACGUCAGACACAUUUGUCACACAGUGACGUGGUACUUACCCUGUGACUACCAGUUGACAAUCCUGGGCACUCUCAUUUUCUUCAUCUAUCAGAGGAACAGGAGUUUGGGAUUCAUCUCUUACGGAAUUAUCGGAGUCUUCUCCAUGAUCAUUCCUGGUCUGCUGACCCACUUGUAUCAAUUUCCUGGUGUACUUUUCUCGGAAUACGGGAAAUAUGUAAUUCGCUAUCGUGAAACUUGGGAGAUCAGCUUGAUCUACACGCCAUUUUACAGCCGCGCUAGUACGUACCUCGUGGGUGCCGCCAUGGGCUACCUCAUGCAUGUCUACAAACCUGAUGAUUAUAGGAAAUCUAUUCCAAAAAUAUGGUCCAUAAUUGGUAUAGCUGUGAGUUUAAUCACAAUGGUGGCCACGAUGUCCCUCGGUUUUAUACUCAAACAAAGAGGACGGUACCCAAUAGAAGCUGUCGUCGUCGCAGCUACCAAUAGAAUCUUCUGGGCUGCAGCCAUCUGCUGCAUUAUAGGGAUGUGUGAAUAUGGAACUGUUCCUAUAGUCUCCAAAAUCCUGAACUGGUCCGUGUUUACGCCUCUCAGUCGACUUUCCUACGGCAUUUAUAUGACACAUUCCCUCGUCAUACAGAGGUACAAGCUUGCACAAAGGUCGGCUCAUCUUUUCGAUAUCUUUUGCAUGGUUCACGACGUUUUAGGAACCCUGACGAUGGCAAUAGGACUAAGUUACGCAAUGUGGCUGUUUGUAGAGGCGCCACUGAUCAACAUCACCAACCAACUGUUCUUCAACAAGUCUACUGAAAAAGAAUCUAAUAAAAGCCGUGAUGAGAAUGGAAUCCAGCAUCAGAAUGGGGCAGCUAAGACCAAAAUUUCGCCCGAGCGUAUGGCGCGUCGCAUUCUGCACGCACCUCAAGGAGCCAUCAGACCACCACAGAUGGGGCCCAAUAGGCUUAACGGGUUGCCGGGGCUCCGGUUCGAAGUGCAGGAGUAG